AUGGAUGAAUUUCAGGUGAUCGAAGAUCUAAAAUCUUCAAACACAAAAGAGGUUUUAGCGUCGUUAGACAAACUUCAGAACAUGCUUUCUACUCCAAAAUCACAAUUUAUUUCUUGCGAUUUAGUUUAUCAAGCUCUUACACCAUUGAUAAUUCAUCCACAUUACAAAAUUCGUUCUUCAGCUUGCACAAACAUACUGAUUUUGCUCGAAAAAUACAUAGAUUCAAUACAAAAUGUCGAAUUUGCUUUACAAAAUAUAGCUUCAUCACUACUUUCUGUAAAUAGGAAUGUUUCAACAUCAUCAUUACAAGCUAUUAAAAUCAUUAUUAAUAAAAUUGAGCCGAAAAGAUACUGGUCUACAAUAAAAAACAUAAUUUUGAAUGGAAAAUCACUCCAAGUCCGCGAAUUCAUUCUUGAAAUUUUAAUAGAUUUUGCAAAUGUUAUUCCACUUUCUCCUAUCUUUCUUCUUUUGGAUGAUCCAAUGUCACAAAUCCGUGAAGCAGCACUUAAGAUACUAAAAAAUGCGGACCAAGAUAAACUCAUAAAAACAUAUAACAAGGUUAUUAUAUCAUAUGACGCUACUCAGCUUCUAAAUAAAAAUAUUCACUUCAAUAAUACCAAAUUAUCACGAGAUUCAUCACAAAGCAUUUCAUGUAUUAAGCCAAUAUCAGCGUCCAUUACUCAAGAAAGCUUCAGCCUUCUAAAAAGCAAUAAUUCGUCACUUGCUCCUGAAAUUAAAAAUUCCAAGGAGAUAUUUUCACUUUUAAUACCAAAUUACGAGUCAUCGCAAAAAGAAAACGAAAUGUCCUCUUUACACAGCAUUCAAGAAAAUUCAACGAGUCAUAUCUCCGCAAGCGACGUCAAAUCAUGCUCAAGCCUUAGUAAUUCCAAGACCAAAUCAAAAGUUAGUGUUAAAUCAGAUAAAAUUACUCAAACAAGUAGCAUUAUUCAACAAAAAGAAAUUAUUGAACGGGAAACAAGUAAAAAGUCUGAAUCUAAAGAUGACUACGGAUAUUACAGCUAUUACUAUUACAGUGAUUACACUUACUCUUCUUCUUCAGAAAAUAAUCAAAAAGAUAAAAAAGAUUCAAAACAAAAAUCAAAAAAGCAUGAUGACAGUCCUUCAUAUCAAGCAGUAAGUGAUGAAAAAUCUAUUUCUACUUCAAAUAAACCAAAGAAAACUCUUAAAUCUCAAAAUGAAAAAAUUCCAACAAAUACAAGUUCUUUGGUUAAUGAAAUAAAGGAUUCUCCUAUUUCUAAAGCUUCUUCGAAGUUCCAAAGUGAUGCAAAUAGUAAAAAACAAAAUUCUUUGAAGAAAUCUAAACAAAACAAGCCACAAGUGAAACCAGAGAAUGUAAUUGAAGACUAUGAUCAACAGAACCAUGAUUCUUCAUUAUCAAAUCAAAAUGAUUCAAUUUUCAAAUCAGAUAUGUCUCCAAAAUCAACAAAUACGUCACUAAAAGUUCACAGGAAUCCUGAAAGUGCAUUUUCUGAUUCGAAAUUACGGUUUUCUUUUUCAAAUCAGAAAAAUUCUUCAAGUAUGAGCUUAGAACACAAGCAUCCACUAGCCAAAAUACCAAAACAUGUCAUAAAACGUGCAAGUUGGCUUGAAAAACUCACUUAUCUCGAACAAAUUUCGCAUGCAAUCACAGAAAACACUCCUUUUGAUCCAAAUAACGUUGUUGAGGUCAUAUUAACAGCCUGUGAGACAUUUCAUAUAAGAGUUGCCCAGUUUGCGCCUGGUUUACUCCAUGAUAUCAUACUUAGGUACCCAGAAGUCCUCAAAACCCACUUGAAAGGCAUAAUUCUAUUGAUGCUGAACCUUUCUAAUCUCCCUGAAAGCGAUUCUUUGUUCGAUGCCCUUAUUGUUGAGUCAAAACAAGAAGAUUUGGUUUCAUCAGCUUUAGAUGUAGGAGAAUCAACACCAAAAGGUCUUCCUGUUGAGCAAUUCUGCCUUGCCGUACUGAAUUCUCCAACUGCUUCUGGUUCUCUUUCGUUGACAACUGUGAAAAGAUUGGUUGUCAAAAUUUGCGACAGAAAACACGAAUUUCUUUCGAUUUCUUUAGCGAAAGUUAUUUGUAAGAACUAUACAAAGUUCGUCCAAAUAGCUGCUUGCGAACAGGGAGUCGAAGUAAAGAAGUUUUUGGCUCCUUUCGUUAGAGAAGUUUUGAAAAUGAAAAAUCAUCUGGAAAAACAGAAGAAUGCAAGUUCAAUUGACUACUCACCCAUCAUAGAAACAUUUACUACAGCAGAUGAACCCGAGAAAAUGGCUUUAUUCCAGAAAUUUUUGAAUGAUAUAAAUUCAAUGACAGAAGAAACGUUUUUAUAUCAGGAAAAGAUGAUAUCUGAUAUAUCGCAGUCAAUAAGAGAUCCAAAACUGUUAGAAAUCGUAUUUUCUGAUAAAAAUGGCGGAAAUACAAUUUUUAUUUCUCCGUUGUCAAGAAUUAUACCUUAUUGCAACGAGGAAUUACUUGUUGGAGCUGAUAAAUAUUAUCAAACACUGUAUAAAAUGUUCAAAUCAGGAAAUAGUUCGUUAAGAAAUGAAAUCGUGAAAUUAAUCUGUAUGAUAGAGAAUGCUGUUGGUAAAUACAUCCUUGAUGAACCUAAUAUUCCUGAAACUCAUAGAAUAUUAAUUGGAGAAAUGAUGUCUCAAUAUUAUUAA